GGUUUCCAGUGCAAAAGCGGCCCCAUUGUCGAAGGCUCACGUCUGCACGUCACUGCACUACCGUUUUCAGCUUUUCGUGCAAAGAUCCGGUAUGUCGAUCGCUGGCCGUUCAACGGCCGAGGUGCCACAGCGUUGGCUUCUUCCUCGGCUUAAUUUCCUUCUGCUUUCUGCCCCGUACAGUACCAAGUUGGGCAGGAUGAAGCAUCUGUUGGCUCUGACGGCGCUUUCCUGCCUCUCGGGUAAGCAGGCAGAGCAGACACUCCUACGUGCGACUCACCACUCAAGUGACUGCGGGCUCUUGUUGUGAAGCAGGCAUCCACGGCGCUCUCGUCAAGACGGGCUGUUAUGACGUCGGAUAUGAGUACGGCCCUGAGGGCUUCGGCCCCGUGUACAGCACGACGCUGCAGGAAGUCCCGAUGGACGGCACGGCCAGCGACCCGGCCAUGCCCUGGCUGGCCUGCGAGGACAUGUGUGAGCAGACUGACGGAUGCAACUACUUCACGUGGGAGGCAGGCAAGUGCCACAAGGUGGGUAGAUGGGUGGGCUGAAACGCACGGAGGCACGGACCAGAAGAUGCUAUUGAUUGAGCGUGUGGUGUGUGAUGUGAAGAUCAAGGAGGAAAGGGACAAGAUGUGGGCGCCAAACGAGGUGUGAGGGCGGGAAAGGGAAAUCAGCAACGCACCGCACCGCACCGCAUGAACCAAGCCGACCCCUCCCUCCUCCCUGUGUGUGUGCGUAUGUGCGCUUCUCUCUCCCUCCCUCAGGUCUACGUGACUGAAGCUGCAGAUGAGGCCGAGUGCGUCCAGUCGUGCGCCGAGGACCCCGAGUGCAACAUCGGGCAUCGCUUUGAGCCCCCCAUCUGCAAGCUCAAGACCUCCCUCGUCCCCGUGAAGCAGCUCAAGGCCUGGUACACACUCGUUUCCGGCCCUGCGCCCUGCCCCGGCCUCAACCGCACCGAGCUGGUGGAGCUGGGCAAGACCUCCGUCGGCACGGGAGGCUGUGCCCUCAACUAUGAAAGGAGCGGCGACAUGUGCUAUCGGAUCGCCUAUGACGACAGGAAGACGCAGCCCGAUGCGGCUACCGAGUGCGCAAAGGUCGAGAACGGCUCCCUGGCCAUGCCCAAGACACGGGUGCGGUGCGCGAGGGAGAAAGGGAGCGAUCGAAUGAUGAGAGAGACCUUCCUUAAGGCUUUUGUUUACUGUCCCUUGCUUGUGUGGUGUGUGGGCUGCUCUGCUGCAAUCGUCCAGGAGCUGGGUUUGAACAUCCUGGCUCUGUUUUGCCCGAAGGUUCCCGAGGGCGUGGGCAUUGGGCCUGUGAUUGAGAAGCCCACAGAGGUGGGCUCCAGCACCUUCGAGUGUGUGGUGCCGCGGGGAGACAACCUGGAUGGACCCUACUACAUGGGCCUGGUCUCAGAGCAGGUGAGAUGCACACCACACGGACGUGCCUCGUGGCCGGCUGGCUGCUUAAUGCCUUUUCUCGCUCUCUUUCUGUCUGUCUGUCUGUCUGUGAUCAGAUUGGGUCUGGUUUGAAUGUGUCGAUUGGUGCGUGGUCUUGGGUGGACGGUGAGCCGUUGGGCGAGUGGUCAGCAUGGGGCGGCCAGGGGGAGAACACGCCCCUCCUCUACGGCGACUUCCCCACCAUCCAACCCGACAACACUUCGGGCAAGCAGCUCUGCACCUACUUUUACGUCAGUCACCACAGCACAGCACAGCACAGCACAACCACACGACAAUCCCAACACGCACACCGCCCUCCCCUCUGUCUCCCCCCUGUCUGUCUCUGCCUGUCUCUUCCAGCCGCGGAAUUCGCCCGAGUUUGGAGGGUCGCCCAAUGGCGGAUGGGGCGAUGAAGACUGUCUGCACAAGUGCCUCUUCCCUGCCCAAGACAUGAACCGCACCUCCCAGUCCACAUGCUGGACGCAAGGAGAGGGCGGCUAUUUUGACGUCUCGGACGUGGAUGCGGACCCAUCAGGCCAGCUAGGCGGCCUGGUCACCGCCGCUGAAUGGGACGAGGGCAUCAAUGUGGGCAAGAUCACCGACACGCCGCGGCACUACAUCUGCGAGGCACCCAUUGGCAUGGAGGGCGUCGCUCUCGGUGAGGCGAGGCCAUGCACCAGUGUGGCCCUUCCUGUCCUUGCUCAUGCGUGCCUGUUGUCUGUCUGUCUGUCUGUCUGUCUCUCUGUAUGUGUGGGGUCUGUGUGUCUGUGUGUGCAUAGAUGACUGUGUGGAUGACCCCGACAAGGUCAGCCCCGGCAUGUGCGGCUGCGGGGUCAAGGACAUCGAUUCGGACCUGGACGGUCUCAUGGACUGCCUCGGUCGGUCGGCACCCACAUACACACGCACACACCGACACACACACACACACACACACACUUACGACACACUCACUCCCUCUCUCUUGUGCUUGUGCGUGCCGUCUCAGAUUCAGCCCCCGAUGACGCCACCAUCCGCUCUGCGAACGAGACCGUCGCCGCGCAGAUCACCAACAUGCUUCAGAACAGUAGCAUGGCCGCCACGCCCGACGAUGUCUCGGCAAGCGUGCCGCCCGAGGAAACGGUGGCUGAGCCAAAGGGGGCCGUUAUGUGGACGGUGGCUGAGGAAGACCUGACGGCGGCAGACGCGCUCAAACGUCUGAGGCGCGCCUAGGAGAGUGCUGGGUGGACGAGGUUUUGGUGUGUGCUGUCGUCGUCGCGUGGUGUGGGUAAUUGGAUGGUCAUGAAUGAAUGAAUGGAUGGAUCUGAUUGAUCGAUCGCAAGUGUUGGUUUUCUCGGUAUGCAUGCAUGUGCAGCCAGCCAGCCAGCCAGCAAGUUUCUCCCCAUUCAAUCAAUGACAAACACGUGGGUGGGUGCAUGUGUGGUGUGCGUGACUACACAUUGAAUGCAUUGAUUGAGUGGGGCGGGGCCUCCCUCCGUAUGUCUGUAUUUUGCAAGAGAAUGGAGUCAGGUAUCCAUACCCUCACCAUGAUGCCUGUUUUUCCAGAAGGGACGGACGAGAGGCUCACGAAUGGCCUCCCCUCCCCCCUGUGUGUGUGUAUUCCGGCAGGAAGUGACACCAGGCAGGAAGUGACGCCAAUCUCAUGUUUAGUUGUUGUUGUG